ACGAAGCACUCGAGUGUUGGCCUGAUUCGGUUCAGAAAAGAAUCAUCGAAUCCAAGUUCCCAAAUUCUCUAUUGAUUUCUCACACUUAUAAUGCUUAUACACUUGUUAGAGACGAGCUUGAGAAAAUUCAGUCCGUGAAACGGCGUCAAGCUGAAGAAAAAGUAACCCAACGUAGAGUUGUAACACGUGCUAAAACUAAAGGAAAAGGAAAAGCCAUUUUUGAUUCCAUGUAG